AAUUGGCAUAUUUAGAUUAAUAACAUAUUUUAAAAAAAUCAGUCAGAUAGUUCAAAUAACUCUAAAAGUUCAUAACUUUUUAUUAUGAACAUUUUAUUGACACACUUAAAUGAUAGCUGAUUACAUUCACAUCAAAAAAUCUAAGGAAGUUAUUGCAAUAAUACUAAUUGCUAUUUGGUUUCUUAGUGCUGACAACACCCAUAAUGAAUUAAAUUCCAACUUAGAAGAAAUAUGGAAGUUCAAAUUCAGCAAAGAAAUACAAAAGAACAAAAUCGAACACAUCUUAAAAUAUAUUUUAUCCUUUAUUGUGAUGAUUAGAACACUCACGUCAAGAAUAUUUUUAGUUUUGUAUGUUAUUAUACUGUGGCCAGCCGUUUUUGAAACCCAAUCAUUUUUAAUAAUCCCUUGGUUGAUUAUCGGAUCCGUUAGGAUUCUGUUAUCAACAUUCUUAUCACUAAGUACAGGUACCUAUUGCUGUCUUCUUCAAAAAGGACUACAUUUGCUGUGUUUAAAUUUUGUAAUUUCACAGUUCUCGGAACAUGGACCAUCCAUUUAUGCUUGGUUUGCAAUUUUGAAGUAUUACCGGCACAUCACAAGAGAAAAAUUGCGAAGAAGAAUGGAGAUAUUACUUGCUGAGAAAGAUUUUCAGAGUAACAUACCUACGACCGAUACAAUGAGUAGUUUUAAAUCGUCGCAAACUAACACCAGAUCUUUGGAUACGUUAUCUACAGUAAUAGUUAAAUCCAAAGAUACAAAAAAAGUUAUCGGUAGCAUAAGAGAAAGAGUAAAAACAGCUUUGAAUCUUACUGAUGAAGAAAUUAAUAAAAUAACCGAAAGAACGAAUUAAGAAAAUAGGUCCUCUGCCUACUUUGCAUGUAUUUUGAUAUGGACAAUUUUGUUAUCACAAGAUUUUUGAUGAAUAUAAACAAAGUUAAAUUUAAUAAAAUCGAUUAAAAUAUUUAAAAAAUAUAAUUGACUGUAUAUGUAUACAUUUUAAAAUAAAGUAGGUAUGUAUA